GCCGGCCGGCCGCCACCUCGGGUUUCGGGCCAGCUCCGCCGUAACUCUCCUCAUAAACCCACCGGCAACCGCCCACUGGUUAGCCGAACAGGCGGCAAACCAACCAUCCACACGCAUUGCUCUCGCGCGAUUUCCCCCCAAAUUUCAGCGGGAAACACUAGGAUCGGGUGGGGAUGGCGACCGGAGGCAUCGCCCGCAGCCGCCUCGCCGAGGAGCGCAAGAAAUGGCGCAGGAGCCAUCCCCAUGGGUUCGUGGCGAAGCCGGAGACGCUGCCGGAUGGGUCCGUCAACCUCAUGGUCUGGAAGUGCGUCGUACCCGGGAAGGAAGGCACUGACUGGGAGGGUGGAUAUUUCCCGCUGACUUUGCAAUUUCCUGAAGAUUACCCAAGCAAUGCUCCCGUCUGCAAGUUUCCAGCAGGAUUCUUCCACGUCAAUGUCUACCCUACUGGAGCAGUGUGCUUAUCAAUACUCAGCAAUGCAUGGAAGCCUUCCAUUACGGUGUGUCAAAUCCUCAUAGGAAUCCAGGACUUGCUUGACCAUCCUAAUCCAGCGUCUCCUGCACAAGAUGCAUGCUAUCGCCUCUACAAAAAGGAUAUGCGUUCAUACAAGGAUCGUGUCCGUCAGCAGGCGAAGCAGUAUCCUUCACUUGUGUAGGCAUGAACCAACUGCGAGAAAGAUUCUGGCAGCUAACCAUUACUCAUUUAUGCGGAACCUGUCACGAACUGCACUGGGAGAACAUCGUAAACACUUAUUGUAAUGGCUUAUCUAGCUAUCUGCAUCCUUGUGCUGCCUAAACAGUGGAAAGCUUUUGUUUUGCUGUGCCUUUUUACAGUUUGAUAAACUGUGAAAGGGAUCCCUAUAUUGCAGGCUGAACAAGCAGCUCUUAUCCAGCCCAAAUUGGUGCACGAGAGGGAGGCCUGAGUGGGCCUGCCCUGAACUGAAGGUGCUCCCAAUCAUCCGACUCACUAAUCUAGGAGAGCACCAUUCUUGGUCACAAGUCAACAAAGCUUCUAGCUUUGUUAAUUCUGCUUCUGUACUUGCAGUGACCCUUGAUUUGAAAUGCCCUGUUGGGUUCUCUC